CAAUAUCUCCAACAAACUCGAGUCGAUUAGUUCCAAAUUCUGAAUCGAUUUUAAAAAGUUAUAUACUCUCCCUUAAAAAAACAUACAGAAACUUCUGUAAUCGACUGUAGGUGUACUCCCACUUCCGACAAUUGGUGGAGUGAUUAGUGAUUAAGUUUAAAUAAAAUUCCGAAGUCCAAAGUAAACGACACCAGUAAAAUCUCAUUAUUUCCAUCGGAUGCCAACGUAAUUAUUAUUAUAUUACCGUAUGGAGACUCGUCUAGGAAAUUGCUUAUUUUGCAAAAUCAUAGAUAAUAAGGAGCCGAGUGAAAAGAUUUACGAGGAUGAUUACGUAACAUGCAUCAAAGACAUUAAUCCAGUUUCGACUCACCACUAUUUAAUACUGCCAAAUAAGCAUAUACGUAAUGCGAAGGAACUUAAAAUCGAAGAUGCAGAACUUUAUGACAAAAUUGUCUCCAUCGUGGAUACGAUAAUAGAAAGGCAAGGACUUGAUCCUGGAAACACACGCACAGGAUUCCAUUGGCCACCAUUUAAUACAGUAAACCAUCUACAUUUACAUGUUAUCUCUCCCAUAGAAAACAUGUCUGCCCUCAGGAGAUUUAUGUUCAAACCGAACUCCUACUGGUUCGUUAGUACUGACUACGUGAAAUCGCUGUUGCAUUCGUGCAGUUAAUGUCUCAUUCGUGUUACGUCCUAGCAUGGACACUGAAGCUAUCUUGAAGAUCAGCGUACGAUGGUUCAAUAGUCGGGAUAUGUACUUGUGGGGACAAUAUUAUUGUUACACGUACAUGUAAGCAAUGUAUAAUUUUUAAUGUUACAAUAAUUCUAACGAUCGUUUAGAAAUUUUUAUAUUUCUCUUUCUUUUCUAUGAUAUAUACAUUCAUGUUAAUAUAACAAGUAUGAGAUCAAUAUAAAAUCAAUACAUGACAGUAUUAA